AUUACAACUACAUGUAGGAAAAAAUAAACGGUGUUGGAAGAAAUUUUGCAAUCAUAACAACUCUCAACUUGUUCUUUUUUGUUCAUCUCUAAACCACUAGUAUUUACUUUUUAUUCCUUCUAUUUUUCUUCUUAGUGUAGCUAGGGAAGGAAAAAAAGAAAGAAAAAAAGGAAAAAGGGUACUUAUUUAUUCUAUUCUUGGCCUCAUUUCUACUCAAGAAUCUAAAAAACUUUCCAUAAAUUUGUGUUCGAAUGAUUGUUUCACAGACACUCGUUUUGUAGAAGCUAUACUCUACUUUUUUGCUUUGUGUGUGUGGAAUUAGUUCUCCAUUUGUUUAUUAUGAAAACUGUGAAGAUCAUUGGUUAAAGAAGCACAUAGUUAGUGGGAGAGUUUGAGAUUUUAGUGUGUGGAAAGGUGGUGGUGAUGGAGAGAAUGUAUGGCGUAGGUGGUGGUGGUGAAGGAGGUUUGUAUGAAUAUGAAAGUGGAGUUGUGAUGACAAGAGAUCCAAAGCCAAGGCUGAGGUGGACUAGUGAUCUUCAUGAUCGGUUUGUUCAUGCUGUCACUAAGCUCGGUGGCCCUGAUAAAGCAACUCCCAAGUCAGUGCUGAGACUCAUGGGCUUAAAGGGAUUGACAUUGUACCAUUUAAAGAGCCAUUUGCAGAAAUACAGACUUGGGCAGCAGGCUGCCAGGAAACAAGACACGGUAGAGCAAAACAUUGAGAACAGUGGGGAUUCCUAUGGACGCUACAAUAUACAUUCUAUGUGCACGACUGAGAACUCAUCAAAACUGAAUGGUGAACGAGGCGAAUACUCUCUUGGGGACACAUUAAUGUCUGAGAUUGAUGUGCAGAAAAGAUCAAUAGAGCAGCUUGAUGUACAGAAGAAACUACAAAUGAGAAUUGAAGCCCAAGGAAAGUACUUGCAGGCAAUACUAGAGAAAGCUCAAACAAACCUUUCACUCGAUAUGAAUAAUUCUGGAAACCUAGAGGCAACAAGGGUCCAACUAACCAGCUUCAAUUUGGCUCUGUCCAAUUUCAUGGAAAACCUGGAUGACGAAGAAAGGAAACAGAACAGUUCAGAAAUGGAUUUUCAUGGCAGUAGCCGGAACGCUAGUACAUCUCAUUGCACCGCAGAAGUAGCAGAAAAGAAAGAAAUCAAGUUCAAGAUUGAAGAUGGUUCUAUAAACUUUGAUCUGAAUAUGAGAGGUAGCUAUGAUUUUCUUGGCACGAAUGAAACAGCGACAGAACCUAAGCCAUCUGCAUAUAGGAGGUAGAAAUCAAAACACAUACAUAGUCCUUCAUAUAGUGUCAUUUACCUAAAUGCCAAUGUCAUAAGCUCUAAUCGCAUUGCAUUUGGUUGCUUGUUUUAGGUCCUGUUGUUUCGACAAUAUUUUUGGUAUAAAUAAAUUAGUUUUGGGAUACAAUUAAAGUGUUUAUAAUCGAUACAUUUACAGUGUAUAAUACAUGGUACCAACUAAUUGUACGAGUAAUAUCAUGAGUUUUUGAAUCAUUA